AUGAAUGCAGGCGUCAGGGAAAGGAAACGGAAGAGGUUGGACGAGGAGCAACAGCAGGAUGUGAAGGUGAACGAAGGAAUCCAGACUACUGUUGCGUGUGAGAACGAGGCCAUGAAUAUCGACCCAGGUACUUCCAACGCACAAACGCCCUCCAGUUCGCUCAUUCCCACCAGCAUAACCACAACCAAACCGGGAGUCGAUGCCUCUCAGGAUACAUCUUCAAAACGUAUCUGUUCGCGACGUUGCUGUGGCAAUACUCUUCCAGAUCUUGCGAGCUACCAUUACAUCCAAUGUGCAUCUUGUCGGGAGCAGGGAAGACUUGACGCUCGGGCAUAUUCCGAACGGCAGCGGGAAAAAAUGAGGGGUGGAAGUAUUAAUGUGGAGGACGAAGAGCCCAACAACCUUGAAGGAUCGCGGAGCGGUUCUGAGUCUGUCAUGGAAAACGCAACCUCCAGUGCAGGACCUUCGCAACCCUCUUCUCCCUUCUCGACCAUCUCGCCAGUCACACCAACAUCAGGAAUCGGUCAUUUGAGCUCCGCCUCAACCGAACGGCGCUGUACACGAAUAGGCUGUGGCGUUAUUCUCCCCCCUCUAUCAGUGUACAAAUACGUGCAGUGUGCGAAUUGCAAGGAGAAACAGGGUAUGGCGUACAAGAAAUGGCAGGAGAAGAAGCGAUUGAGGGAGCGGGAGGCUUCCGGCGAGUCUGUCAUGGAAAAUGUACCCUCCGACGCAGGACCUUCGAAACCUUCCUCUCCCUUCCCGAUCAUCUCGCCAGUCACACCAACAUCAGCAACCGAUAGUUUGAGCUCCGCCUUGACCCAACGGCGCUGUACACGAAUAGGAUGCGGUGUUAUUCUUCCCCCUCUGUCAGCGUACAACUACGUGCAGUGCGAGGAGUGCAAGGAGAAACAACGGAUCGCGACCAAGAAAUGGCAGGAGAAGAAGAAAUUAAGGGAGCGGGAGGCUUUUAGUGGGCAAUCAUCUUCUGCGAAUAUGAAUGCGGCGAAGUUAAGCACGAUGAGGAGUCCCGAUGGGACCGUGCAAGACCCAAUGACUACUACUUCGGAGCCUAAGUACUCAUUCAAGAUCACGUCUCCGUCAACGUCGAGCACAGCGCCAACGAUCCAUGCCGACCUAUCCUGUCUUCUCGACGACCUCCGGACGCGCCUCAAACAACCGCCGUCUUCGGCUGACGAUUCUGCUGAACCAUUCGUCUUCCACGCAUCCUUCCCCCGCAUUAUCACAGAGCAUAUAUUCCUUCUAGCCGCGACUCGCGACAUCAUGAACCGAAUCGGCUCUGUUACCGGACAUGAGUAUGUUCGGUACGGCGGCACGUCUACGUCUCGGAGGAACAACAGCUUCGGACUUCGAUCGUAUUAUCGUUGCUCUCUCGAACAGAAAGCUCAACGAUCCUCUGCUACAUCGCCCUCGAAAACGGCAUCUCACUCUUGCGGCACGAAUGUCGUGGUGUCGUGUACGUCUCAACCUGGUCCAGGUAACAGUAGACCCCACGAAUCCAACUUAGUGUCUGCACGAGAUCCUCAGAUGGAGAAGACGUCUACAGACGUGCCAAGAGAGGAGAGUAUACCGAACGAAGAUCGAAAGGAGGAGAUUGGUGUGGUUACGGUAGAAGGGGUCCAGGAGAAGUCUACGACGGUUGCUGGCGAGAAAGCUAUGGUAGAGAUGGAGGCGGAGGAGGCGGAGGACGCCAGGGUGGCGGAGGUCGAGGAGACUCCGAAACUAUACACGAUUACGAUUCGACUUUCGAUGGCUCGACCUCAAGACCACACAUCUUGGUCAUCUGCGGAUAGGUUUUCAGGUCGUUCGGCUACCACGGACACCGGGGCGUUCGAAGGAGAGCAGCAUGAGAUGAGUAUUAGUAGCGUGGAUGGUGGGAUGAUUGCAGGAUCUGAGAAUGACGAGAGUCGUUAUAUACGCAUGAAGACGGAGGAUAUAGAGGACGAAGACGAAGUGGGGCGUAUGGUGAUCGAAUCCUCGGCGAGGUCCGAUGUGCCAGACGGUUCGAUGUCUGGCACGGCGACGGACGUGGAUGUGGACGUUGACGUUGACGCGAAGAUGCCAAGUUCAGAGGAGGUGGACUUCGAUAAAUUGGUGUUGUUGUAUCCUGAGGAUGAACCUCGACCCGAAUGGUAA